UCGUUGCUGGGCCUUCCCCGGCCUUCCGCCUGCGCCAAAGCGUAGUUCUCGUUGGCUUAAGUUCCCCUUUUUUUUUCCCCAGACACUUCCGGGUCCUGCGUCGCCCCGGAAGCCCGCGAGUUCCGGAAGCCUGGGUACCCAGGUUCGGUUGGGAAAAGCCAAGCUUCCUAGAGAACGUUUCAGAGUCCCGCGGAGCGGGGCGUGUCGCCGACUCCCAAGUUCCUUCAGGCUGUGGAAGAACCCUCCGGAGGGGAGCCCUGACUGCUCCUCCUGCCCCGGGCCUGUAAUCUUGGUGCUGCAAAUGCCAGGGCUGUGAUUCCUAUAGGAGCUGGAGGUGGGAGAGGAGCGUACGGCCUCCUCUGUCCUUCCCAUUGGGGGCUGUUGACCACUUCUUCCAACCCUUCCCGUCUAUACAACUAACUGCCCGUUCCUGUGUUUUUACUCUCUUUUUAUCAGAGCUCCCUUCUUACCUGCCUGUCAGUAAGAAAUAAUGAAAGAAGCUCUUUCAUCGUAGUGUAAGGACUAAAUGACUUGCUACUUGAUUUUGCAAAGGGCACUUGGCUACCGUAGUCACUAUCCACCUUCAGUCCUGUCCCUGACCAGUAUGAGGCACGGAUUUCACAGAACUUGCAGCCAAAGUUCCCACUACUAUCAGCUUAGAAGUCUUAACGGAGCUCCAGGAAGGGGGAACUGAGCUCUUGGGAGAAGGCAUGGCUUCCAGAGAAGACAAAGCCCAGAGCACACACAGGGUGCUGAGAAUCAGUCAGCUGGAUGCACUGGAACUGAACAAGGCCCUGGAACAGCUGGUUUGGUCCCAGGUCACUCAGUGCUUCCAUGGGUUCCAGCCCGGGCUGCUGGCCCGCUUUGAACCUGAGCUGAAAGCCCUCCUGUGGCUCUUCUUGUGGCGAUUCACCGUUUACUCCAAAAACGCCACGGUGGGCCAGUCGGUUUUAAACAUUCAGUACAAAAACGACUUCUCCACGACCCUGAGGUACCAGCCCCCGAGUAAGAACCAGAAGCUCUGGUACGCUGCCUGCACGAUCGGCGGGAAGUGGUUGGAAGAACGCUGCUACGACCUUUUCCGAAACCAUCACUUAGCCUCGUUUGGGAAAGCCAAGCGGUGUCUGAACGUGGUGGUGGGCCUGGUGCAGUUAGGGAGCCUCAUUAACUUCCUGAUUUUCCUCCAGAAGGGCAAGUUUGCCACUUUGACGGAACGCCUGCUAGGCAUCCGCUCUGUGUUCUGCAAGCCCCAGCACGUGCGUGAGGUUGGCUUCGAGUAUAUGAACAGGGAGCUGCUCUGGCACGGCUUCGCCGAGUUUCUCAUUUUCCUCUUACCGCUCAUCAACACCCAGAAGUUGAAGGCCAAGUUAUGUUCGUGGUGCAUCCCUCUCGCCGGCGCUCCUGACGGCGACAGCUCCUUGGCCAGCAGCGGCAAGCAGUGUUCUCUGUGCGGGGAGUGGCCCACCAUGCCCCACACGAUCGGCUGUGAGCACAUCUUCUGUUACUACUGCGUGAAGAGCAGCUUCCUGUUCGACAUGUUCUUCACCUGCCCUAAGUGUGGCGCCGAGGUGCACAGUGUGCAGCCGCUGAAGUCAGGAAUCGAGGUGUCCGAAGUGAAUGCUCUUUAGAAACUAAAAAUGGUUUUCUCUGCAGAAAACUGUCUUGUGUUGAAAUCCUUAGGAUUAGUCACCCUCAGCAUCCCAUUUAGGUGUCUUUUAUGAGAACAUGUGCUUCUCAGCCACUGUGUUCUGUUCCUUGCCAGACCUGACUAAAAUCGAAUCACUGGGAUCCAUGGGUUUCUGAGUAUAUUCUGUGAAUGGUAAUGUGUUAUUUUCUUUAAUGAUUGCAUUCAGUGUUCAAUGUCAGGAGUCAUGGGCAGCUUUUGUCAGAUGCCCACAAACAAUGCUCCUUCACUUUGUCCUUCCUAGAACAAGGUUAGCCUCUGAAAAUAAAAGUUUUGGAGACUGGGA